AUGGUAAACAAGGAACCUCUCGAUGACCGAAGAAUGCAUAUUGCGUUGACCGUCCACGACAAGGAAGGGAAACAGCUUGAAGACUUCCCUGUCAAGGUAUACAAGAUCAAGUACAGCGACGAGCUGCAGACAGAGCUGGAGCAAAAAGAAGAAGAGGAGCGCAAGAAUGAGCCGGAGGCCAAGCCGAAGCCGAGUCCAAAGAAAGCUGAGACGCCAACGCAACCGGGUGGGAGCAACCCAGGUACGCCCGUGUCACCUCCCAACGCAGCCGUCCUCAACACGCGAGACCUCACACACAAGUUUUUCGACUUCUCGUACAAGGAAUCGGCUGAAGAAGCCAAGCAGAUGGCGGUUGUGUUGUCCAAGGCUCAAGGCCUUAGGAUCCCUGUACCAGCUUCGAUCGUCACCACCAUGCGUAAGACUGGCAAGAUAGGCAUUUCUGUUUGGUAUGACUUCGAAUAUAUGAAGUUUCUAAAGAAGACUGGCCAAGAGGGACAAGACAAGAGAAUCACAUACGCGGAUCGGUUUACAAAAGAAGAACUCGAAGAGAAGCGAGAGCGCAACGAGCUCAAGAAGAAAGAGGAGGAACAAAAGAAGGAGGAGGAACAGGCGUCGAAGCGACGUAAGCUCACGCAUGCCAACCGCCGCAGACAAAGGCCCGCUUGUUUUGGCCCGAUGCCUCCAGAAAUGAAGGCGCGUAUGGACCGAGGCAGGGCCUUCGUCCUGAAGUGGAGGAAGCAGAUGGAGUCGGGCAAUUAG